AUGUGUACCUCGUUCCCAUCCCAAAAAAGGAAGAUCUACGUCAACAACGAAGAGAUGCCCAAGAAUGUGCUCUUCCAAGAUCUUUUUCCCGCUGCCGUUGCCGGGGCAGCUGUGACAUUGACAAGGCGAUCUCCCGAGCAGUCAGUCUGGCUGAAGAAGUGCAUGGAGUAUGGCCUUCAGCUACAAUAUGCUCCGAAGGACAUGCAAAAUGACCUGGAGGUUGUCUUGGCAGCGGUGAAGCGGAACCCAAAAGCAAUCCAGUACGCGUCCCCGGCCCUACGGAGCCAGACCCAGGUUCUACUCGCCGCCCUCACCCAGGACGUGGACACUGCAGACUUUCUGGAUCCCUCCGUUUGGUCCAAGCGCGAAUUCGUGCUCGAGGCCGUCAGAAUCGAUUGGCAGCUGCUGCGGAUGGCCUGCGAGGAGUUCCAGAAGGAUCCGGAAGUCGUCCUUGCAGCCAUCCGGGGCCCCAAGGGGCACUGGGACGCCAUUAGCGCUGGCUCUCCGGAAGUCUGGGAGCACAUCGAAGUCCCACGAGCAGCUGCGGAAACGGGUGGUUGGACUGUUCAUGACAUCGCGUCGCACGAGCUUCAGGCUGGUCUCAGAAAGGACAAGCAGUUCGCGCUGAACUGCGUGCGCCUGGAUUGGAGAAACUUAGAGAAGAUCGACACUCACCUUCUCAACGAUCUGGACAUUGCGCUGGCAGCCGUGUCUCAGGACUGGCGAGCUUUGCAAUGGCUACACGAAGAUUUGCGGAGCGAUGAGGAAGUGAUCCGCAUUGUGGUGAAUCACAACUUUUUGUGCCUCACCCUGGCCUUGGAGGAGUUUCCGAUUGAGCAGCCGGUGGUGCUUCAGAUCAUCCGGCAGAACUGGGAGCUCUAUGCGCACAUCAAGGAGGAGCUGCGGAUCGAUCAACAGCUUUCCCUGGCGGCCAUCUCCCAGUGCUGGCGAGCCCUGGACUUCGCCCCAGAGGCUCGAAAGGCUGACCCCGAAGUGGUCAUGGUCGCCUGCAAGCAGAACAGCGAGGCGAUCCUACUGGCCUCGCCCAGCAUGUUGGCCCACAAGGGUGUGAUGUCCAUCGUCCUCAAGGAAGAUGCGAUGAAGCUGCAGCUGGCAGCCGAUAACGUGAAGGAUGACGAGGAGAUGGUUCUGGAUGCCGUUAACAGAGACUGGCGCUGUCUACAGUACGCCUCUGACCGCGUGCGUUCGAUUCCAGACGUAGUUUUCCCGGCGCUUAUGCACGACCUCUGCGUUAUGGAUUGGGCAUCGACGGCACUCAGAUCAGAUGCGGCGGCGAUGCUGAAAUUCAUUCGCCACCGGAAAGAUGUGUUUCCUUUCGUGACGGACUCACUCAUUGCAGAUCCAGACUUUGUCCACGAAGUCGGAUCGGAUAAGAAGCUGGGGCGCAAGCUAGUGAUGGGCAUCCUCCAGCGCAACUGGCGGUCUUUGGAGCACGUGCCCGAGUUUAUGAAGAGGGACCCUGAGAUAAUCCUCACUGCCGCCAAAAUCGACUGGCAUGCCAUUGAAAUGGUCGAAGACUUCUACGACUGCUGGUACCACCCAAAGAUCGCGCUGGCUGCCGUGGAGCAAGACUACAAGAACAUACUCAACCUCAACUCGUCCAUGUGGGAAGAUUUGGCGAUCGUUGUAGCCGCGGUCCAGCAGAACUACAACAUCCUCGAGGAAGCACCUGACUUCCUCGUCCGGAGGCUGUGGUCGGAGGAGGAAGUCGUUCGAGCCGCCGUGGCGCAGGAUCCGUCGGUGAUGAAGAAGGCAGCGAAGCCACUCUGGGCAGAGAAAGAACUCGUGCUCGAGGCAUGCCGUGGUGACUGGACGAUCAUGGAGAGAUGUCCCAAGGAGUUGGUCAGGACGUAUUGGAAGGACAAGGAUUUUGCCAUUGCUGCGGUGGCCCAGUCAAUAGAUGCAAUGAAGAAGCUCCCGGACAGCUUCUGGGAGGACAAGGACAUCAUGCGUGUUGCGGCAAAAACCGACUGCAAAGUUAUCUACAAGUGUUCGGCCUACAACCAGAAGUCUCUCCUGGAGGACAGGGAGAUUGUUCUUACUUGCGUUGCACAGAAUGGCCUGGUGCUGAAAGAUGCUGAUGAAAGCUUGCAGUACGACAUGGAGAUCGUCAGGACUGCCGUGAAGGAGAAUUGGACACUGAUGGACAAGGUGAGCAAGUACUACCAGAAUGUCUACUGGAAUGACGAGGAGUGUGCAAGGGUGGCCCUCUUCCUGGGCUCCGUGUCUGCAGAGGCAGAUCUCUCCUCUCUGGAGAAGGCGCGGGGCAUUGCUCCUGAUUUGUUGCACAGGAUCCGUUUGGCCGCGUCCCAAGUAAGGUUCUGGGACGACGCCGGCAUCGUCCAGGCGGCUGUGGCACAAGAUGGCAUGGCCUUACAGUUCGCAUCAGAGCGGCUGCGUGCCGACUAUGGCGUGGUCAAGGUGGCAGCAGCUCAGAACCCAGGGGCCUUGAGCUUCGCAAAUGAGGAGCUUCUGGAACAAGGAAGGCUCAAAGACACGAAGUGA